AUGACGACUGUAUCAGCAAAGACUAUACAAAGCGAUUUAGAUGAUCUCACAAGCCAGAAUUACUCUAUCCUAACUGCAAUUGAAGAUGUCCAAAGUGCACAUGUACUGGACCCUAGAAAUAUUGAAAAGAGUCUUGAACAUUGGAAAAGCGUUUUUACGCGUUUAACCUCUCGUUAUGAGGAAAGAGCUCUACGAGAAGAAUUUUUAAGAAAAGUGUCAUCUUUGAAUAUAGAUCAGUUAUUGAACGCGACUGAGGAAGGGAAGCAAACACUCAAACAGGAAAUAACGCUAAUAGAGCAAAAUUUCAAUACUCUUGAGUCUGAAAAGGAAAAAAAGUUGCAACAAGUGAAAAAUUUGAGUGCAACAGUAAGCUCAUUGUAUCAAGAGUUUCAACUGAAACAGAGAGAUAUUAAGGAUAGUAUAGACGAAGCUGAAAAAUUGGAGAAGGAAGUCGAUCAAUUGAUGAGUGAUGAUUUUGCCGAUAAAGAAGUAUUGGAAUUCGUGAUAGACGCGGAUGUUGUUGAAGAUUUGGACAUUUUGCCAUGGCAAGUAAAUCCUCGUGAAAAAGUAGAGAUGGAGGAUAAAGUGAAACGGAUUGAAAUGGAUAUCGAGGACACUGAAAAUCGAUAUAUUGAAGAAAAGAGGAAACUAGAAAUACUUGAUGACAAGGUGACCCAAUUGCAAUAUUCAUUAGAAGGAAAGCAGCCUAUCAAUAGUAAAUUACACAAGCUCACUUUGUGGUGUAAAGAAAUGAAUCAGAUAUUGAUGAAAUUAGGAGGUUUGGAAAAAAUCGACUUGACGGUGAAUAACCGAAAUGAAUAUCGAUUAAAACUAGCGACUAAAGAAAAGGAGGUGGCGGCACUGCUUACAAAAAACCUAAUUAUUGAUGGCAUAUCUCAGGGUAAUGACUUUAUUUCGAGACUCAAGCAGAUGGAUGAUGACGAAAAGCGGAUUUUGAUUGCUCUGAAGAUAAGGGAAAAACUCUGUAGUUAG